GAGAGAGAGAGAGAGAGAGAGAGAGAGAGAGAUGGUGUAAGCGGAAGCCUAGCUAGAGAAAGAAUGACGAUGGCCUUUGUCUCACAACAAGCUCAUUUCUCUUUCUCAUUCUCAUUCUCAUGCCUCCAUUACCACUACCAUUCCAAUUCUCUCCCAAUGCCCUCUUCUACCUCUACUACUACUCCCACACUUCGCCGGACCAGGAGGAAGACUAAUCUCACUUCUUCCUUUUUAUGUCGUUCGGCGACGGAGCCACUGCCAACGCCUCCUGCUGCUCCAUUACCUGACAAGGAAGUGAAGAGGAAGGUUCCGGAUCUACAGACACUGCUCAGGCGAUUCUGGAAGGUGGCGGCUCCUUAUUGGUCGUCUGAUGACAAAGCCCAGGCCAGGUUGCGACUCGCUGGUGUAUUCGCUCUCACUCUUGGUACAACUGGCAUAAGCGUUGGCUUCAAUUUUCUUGGCCGUGAUUUCUACAAUGCUCUAGCGAACAAGGACCAAGAACAAUUUACCAAACAACUGCUUUACUACUUGGGUGGCUUCGCUGGUGGAAUUCCGGUUUUUGUGUUGAGAGAUUAUGCGAGAGAUACUCUUGCUCUGAGAUGGAGGUCUUGGAUGACAAGCUAUUACAUGGAGCGCUACCUAAAGAACCAAACCUUUUACAAAAUUCAAUCACAGUCAAUUAUUGAUAACCCAGAUCAGAGGAUUGUUGAUGAUCUUAGUUCUUUCACGGGCACUGCCCUUUCCUUCUCUUUAACGAUUUUCAAUGCAGUGGUGGAUUUGAUUUCAUUUAGUAACAUCUUGCUUGGUAUCUAUCCUCCUCUGUUUAUUGUUCUUCUUGUGUAUUCCAUCGGCGGAACAGCUAUAAGUAUCUUUCUUGGAAGGGAAUUGGUCAGUCUAAAUUUCUUGCAAGAAAAAAAAGAAGCAGAUUUCCGUUAUGGCCUUGUCCGCAUUCGAGAGAAUGCUGAAUCAAUUGCUUUCUAUGGCGGUGAAGAAAACGAAAUGCGACUUCUGCUGCAACGAUUCAAAAGCGCCUUUGAAAAUCUAAGUCAAUUGCUGAUUUCUUCGAGAAAUCUUGACUUUUUCACCAGUGGCUAUCGCUACCUCAUUCAAAUUCUUCCUGCUGCUCUUGUUGCUCCUAUGUAUUUCUCAGGAAAAAUAGAGUUCGGUGUCAUUAAUCAGUCAGUAUCUGCUUUUAAUCACAUCCUUGGAGACGUCUCUCUUGUUGUGUACCAGAUUCAAGCUAUCAGUGCAUUUUCAGCAAUAAUCGAUCGACUAGGUGAAUUUGAGGAUGUUCUGGAUAGCAGUGGGAGUUCCAACAGUAUUUCUGAUCCUGUGGAGGAGAUACAUCUUGCAUACUGUUGUAGAACCGGUGGCUCACCCAAUCUUGCAUUAAAUGGAUCCGUACCUGUACACAAGUGCCAAAAGUUACUGGGUGUAGAGGGAUUGACUGUACAGACACCAGGAAGUCAAUCUACGUUAGUCAAAGACUUGUCUUUUGUAAUUAACCACAAGGAGCAUCUAUUGAUCACUGGACCUAGUGGGAGCGGUAAGACUUCUUUAUUAAGAACUAUGGCUGGUCUCUGGAGUACUGGAAGAGGAAAGAUCACAUUUUAUGUGGAAGAUGAAGAACAUCUCCAGCCUCCCACUCCUUCAGAUUUGAGUCCUCUUGAAACCGAUACUACUCAUGAUUUAGACAAAAAACUUGAAAGAUCUGUGUCUAGAAACAGUAGAAGUGUAUUUUUCCUUCCUCAAAGACCAUACAUGGUUUUGGGAACACUUCGUCAACAAUUGCUUUAUCCAACAUGGUCUGUUGAUGCAAUUCCCACGUCAGAUGAUUCACUGCCUUUCUUGAUGGGCAUAUCAAACUCUGAGAAUACAAGAUCAGAACGUAAUAAGCCCACAACAGAGGAUAUAAUACAGGUUUUGGAGAAUGUUCGUCUUGGAUAUUUGUUGUCUCGUUUCAAUCUUGAUUCAACAUAUGAAUGGUCUAGUGUUCUAUCCUUGGGGGAGCAGCAACGUCUUGCUUUUGCCCGUCUUUUGCUUUCAAAACCAAGUUUGAUUCUCUUGGAUGAGUCAACAAGUGCUUUGGAUGAGGCUAAUGAGGCUCAUUUGUAUCGAGAAGCUGACAAAGCUGGUAUAACAUUUGUAAGUGUUGGCCACAGGCGAACCCUUUACGGUUUCCAUAGGAGAAGAUUGAACAUAUCGACUAUGGAUUCCAGCAACAAUCAGCGAAAUUGGUAUAUCGAAUUGAUCGACCAUGACAGUUCGUAUAAUAUGUCAAGUUUUUAGUUAUAAAAGUUUGAGGCUUAUACGAUUUGAGGGUCCAUAAUAGGAGAAUGAGCUUCUUUGCUUUGUUAAUAUCAUCCCUAUUUUAAGAAAACUCAUUCCAAAACAUCAAUGAAUGAAUUUUCUUACCUUUAUUUAUAAUCUUGGUCCUCCCUCGCUACAUCUAAUGGAAGACAUACGAUGUUGAGACAAUGACUUGGAGAGGUUUGAAGAAUGAACUUACAAAAGCUUAUGAAAGAUCACGAUUAUUAUAAGUUGUUGCAGUCUUGCAUAUAAAGAGGGCUUUAACAAAGCAAUCAUGUAGCUGCUGGAACUUGUACAGCUGAUAAAUUUUAGUUGUUGGAAACAAAUUUGUAUUGAGUUUAAGAGCUCAUGAAAUUAGCAUGGCAAUUUGAAUAAAAAAGUUGUUAAUUCUUA